AUUGAAGAUCGGCUAAAAUUUUUUGAAACUGGCGAGGUGCCUAAGAAAAACGCUGAAGUCAUGAAGGAGGCCAUUGCGGAGGCUCGAGUUCUACAAGCAAAAAUCUUGAAGAAGCGAAAGAAACGAAUGCUCAAGGAGGCGGCAAUAAAGGAGCAGCAAGAAAAAAUGAUGAUGCUCAAAAGCGAGGAGCCUACGAAGUUGAAAAAGAAGCACAAACACCAGCUACUAGAUACUUUGGAGAUGAAAACCGACGAUUCCACCCUCGACGUUACUCAGGAAAAUGAAACGCUUAACUCAAGCCUGGAAGUUAAAACGAAAAAGAAGAAAAAAAAGUCUAAAGAUGUUAAUGGUGACGUGACAGAACUUGUUCCAAGCAGUAUUGAGUUACAUACAGAAAUCGGCGAAAAGAGAAAGAAGCGAAAGCGUGAAAAAUAUGAAGACUCUUCAAUUGCUGAUGACCUGAGUUUUAUCGCGGUCACCCCUGAAGUCAAGGUGUCAACAAAGAAGAAAAAUCGAAAGAAGACGGUGGAAAUGAAUUGA